ACUUUGGUCUGACAAAACAUAAGCAAUAUCGGUACAAGAUUGACCAUCUCUACUAGAUUUUACCAAAACAAAACCUCAUAUUAAUAAUAACAGAAAUUAAUAAGGGAGAUGAAUCGGUUUGCCUAUGUGGAGGCCCGCCUAAAUUCUGACGAAUCCUUUGUUAGCCGCGACAACAAGGUGAAAAUAUACGAUGGUGACCAAAAGACGGAGUUUGAGGAGGGCGAGGUCGUACUCACAACGCACCGACUUUUUUGGGGCCGUCCAGGAGAAAUAGCAAGAGCCGCUGUAGCUCUUUGCUUACCACUAAGCUAUGUGAUAUCCUUAAGCGAGGAAACCACUGCCUCAAACUUUUUUGGCCGCAAGACUCGCAUUAUUAUGCACCUCCGGCCACCGGCGCCAGACAAGGGACCAGGUCCACUAGACUACAGCCGGGCCACGCACAUAAAGCUAUCGGGAAAAAACGGCUUGAGCAUUGAAUUCCACAGUGCCCUCAAGGAGACGCUCAAUGCCCGCGUUUGGGAGAUCGCCCUGGUAAGCGACACCAUAAUAAACAAACCUGCUUCCAGCAGUUUGGGCUCCAGCUCGAGCAAUGAUAGGCUGGCUCGUAUUCAAAAGCGAACUGGAAUCGGAGGCAUUGAGCGGAAUUUAGAGGCAAAGGCCAAAGAAACGGAUGAAAACAUUGCAUUGGCCUUCCAGGAUCUUAGUGUUCUGAUGGCCAUGGCCAAGGACAUGGUAGGUUUGUCUAAAACCAUCAGCAGCAAAAUUCGAGAGCAGAAAGGUGAAAUAUCGGACGACGAGACGGUACAGUUCAAAUCUUAUCUUAUGAGCUUGGGAAUCGAUGGUCCUGUAACGAGAGAUAACUUUACCAGCAACACUGCAUAUUUUAACAGCUUGGGGCAACAGAUUUGCGAGAUGCUGCUGGAUCCCAUUGAGGAACACGGGGGUAUGAUGUCCUUGGCAGAUGUCUACUGCCGCGUAAAUCGUGCCAGGGGACUGGAACUGCUUUCACCUGAGGACCUUCUACACGCAUGCGAGCUCCUCAGUGGUCCAAUUCGCCUACGAAGCUUUCCCAGUGGUGCACGAGUCCUUCAGCUGGAAUCGCACGACGAUGACGUGGUCGCUCUGGACACUCUGGAAAAAGUUGAAUCAGCAGAAUCUAUGGCAGUCGAGGAGUUGGCGAAGCAGCUUGGCAUUUCUCUUCUGCUGGCAAAGGAGCGCCUAUUGGUAGCCGAACGCCUGGGAAAAGUGUGUCGAGACGAAUCCGUGGAGGGUCUUCGCUUCUAUCCUAAUCUACUUCUGAGGCAGGAGUGAUAAGUCGCCUAUAAGCUGUUUCUAGACAAAUUAAAUAAACAAAUGUGGUUUUUA